AUGGACUACGAGUAUACAUUAGAGCAACUUACCAAAGAUCUUGGAAUAGUUGUUAAAAGCUUCUAUGAAGACAAUACUGGGUCAAAGAAUGAAGCGAGUCAGGCUCUACUUGAUGACAAUGAAGUAGAUCAAACUCUGCUUGAAGAGGAUGAAGUGGUUCAGGCUCUCCUAGGUGAGAAUGAAACAAGCCAGGCUCUGCUUAACGAAAAUGAAGAGAGUCAGGCUCUCCUAAAUGAGCUUGAAGCAAGUCAGGCUCCCCUUAAUGAGAAUGAAGCAGGUCAAGCUCAAGUCCCACCCAUGUACCCAAGCACUUGGCCUUCCAACUGGAAUUCAACGAAGCAGAUUUCAUUGAACUUGGAGCCACCAAACAAUACUGGCACCAAGAAAAAGAAAUGGGCUUUGGCUGAACACAUAUGCUUCCUGCGUGGAUUGCAGCAAUAUGGGAAGGGAAAAUGGACUGCCAUUUCUAAAAAUGUGGUGCUGACAAGAACACCAGCUCAAGUAGCCAGUCAUGCUCAGAAAUACUAUAAACACCAAAUUGAUCGAGGAAACAAAAAGAGCAAAAGAGGCAGCAUAUAUGAUUUUACCAUAGACAUGCUUGUGGACCCUAUGAAUCAAAACGAGAACCAUGCCAUUCCAUCAAUGCAUCAAUUAGGACCACAAAAUCUUUCACAUGAGCCUCCAACGCACCAAUCAUGGCCAGUGCAUCAAUCAACCCUAAUGAAUCGGCCUACUGUUCCAAUGCAAAUUCAACCUUCAUAA